CCUCUCUCUCUUUCUCUCUCUCUCUAUAUCUCUCUCUCUCUCUAUAUAUAUAUCUGAAAUUCCCCUCUUCUCUCCAUUCAAACCGCCAAUCAAUCCCUGUAAUUUUACCGGAAUUCCCCCAAAAUAUGAAAUCCCCCUAAAUUUUUGAAUGGAAACCCUAACCCUAACCCUAGCUUUGUCCCCAAUUACUCCGCUUAGAUCCUCAAAAUGCAGACUUCUUGCUACCCCCUUUGCAAAUUGCCGCUUCUCCCUCUUCUUUUCCGGUGGCUAGUCAAUUGAUUCCUGAUUUUCUUACUCCUGAUCAUUAAAUUCGGCAGCUGGUGCAGUUUUCUGUACUUUCUCUGAUUUGCGUUAUUCUUCUGUCUUUUGAAUGAUUUGCGUAUUUUAGGGUUAUGAAAUAAUCAUUUUCCUUUGAGGCGUCAAUACUGACUUCGGUUGGAUAAAAGAUCAAUAGAGUAAGCAAAAAACAAGCAUAAAAUAAGGGUAGGUAGGAGAACAGGAUUUAUUUUGUCUAUAUACUUAUACUUGUAUCUUUUUCAUAUAUACACAUCACAUCAGAUAUUUGUGUAGAGAGAAGGGAGAAGGAUGGGUAGCUCAGAAACAGGAGGAGGAGGAGGAGGAGGAGGAGGAGUUGUGGAUUGUAGUGUGGGGAGUAUAGUGUGGGUUCGAAGACGAAAUGGGUCUUGGUGGCCUGGUAAAAUACUCGGUCCCGAAGAGCUGUCGUCUUCUCAUAUAACAUCUCCACGUUCUGGAACUCCAGUCAAGCUUCUUGGGAGGGAAGAUGCUAGUGUGGACUGGUACAAUUUGGAGAAGUCAAAACGUGUAAAGGCGUUCCGAUGUGGUGAGUUUGAUGACUGUAUAGAAAGGGCUGAAGCCACGCAGGGUAUGCCUCCAAAGAAAAGAGAGAAAUAUGCACGCCGGGAAGAUGCAAUAUUGCAUGCACUUGAAUUGGAGAGGCAAUUAUUGGAGAAGAAAUAUGGAAAAUUGGGAAAUUCUCCUAAUGCUAGGAUCAAAAUGUCACCAGAUGCUGUCACUUCUUCAGAGUACUUGGAAAAUGGAGGUGGGAAUCAAAAAGAUCCGAGAUCUGAUCUGCUAUCUGAGAGGCUUGGUUCAUCUCUUGCAGAGAAGAAUGUGAUAGACAAGCAUCCACAAGAAGAGGCAGUCAGGGAGGGAAAUCAAUUGAGUGGAGAUGAUGAUAGUGCCGGUGUGCUACCUCGGAUGAGAGGCUUGCAAGACUUUGGGCUUCGCACUGGUGCACCAACGAGAGUGGAGCUUUCUGGAGUUGCAUCUCGAGCGAAGAGGAGUAGAUAUGCUUACCUGCAAUAUGAUUCUGGGGAUUAUUCAAAUGAUAAUCAGACUCUAUCCUCCCAGAUGGAGAUACCAGUUUCCAAAUUUGAAGAAAGUGGCUAUCCUGCUGAUGUGGGUGAAGAUCACAUUUCUGGGUCUACGGAGGAUACUGAAACAGAUUGUUCUGAAACUGAUUCCCUGGAUUCUGAUUCAGAUGACGAGAUGACUGCACUUUCUGAUGGCUCUGCCUCUAUAGAAUUGCGACCUAAAUAUCCACGGAUAAUUGAAGCACAAGAAGAGCAUGGAAGCAUUAGCAGUAGUGAUGACCUUGAUGAAUUAGCAUUUGUUGAUGGCUUCUCCCAUGGCCGUGUAUCAACCAGUGUGGGGGUUUCGAAAUGGCAGCUCAAAGGGAAAAGAAAUAACCGCAAUCUUGGAAAAAGGUCUCUCGACAGAACUGAUGCAGAAGUUUCCAGAGCUUAUAUGACCAGUAGAAAUUCCAACUGGACCAAUAAUGGUUUCAAGGCUGAUUCGAUUGAUAAAAGUUUUAGGACCCAUAUAUCCAGAUAUGGUCCAACCAGCCAGCACAGUUCUAGUGAUAUUGCUGAUUUGGAGGGCUUAGCUUGGAAUAGCCCAUCAUCCAUGAGAGGUUAUUGGGAGGACCGGCAGGAGUAUGUUGAUCCUUUGCUUGUCGCGAGGCAUCGUUUUGGUGGUAGGAUCACUCUGAUAGAUGUGGAUUUGAAAGUUCAGGCCAACAACUAUCGGAGGGAUGUGCCCAUGAUUUCAUUGAUGAGCAAGUUAAAUGGACAUGCUAUAGUAGGUCAUCCCAUCCAAAUCGAAGCUCUUGAAAGUGGUUUGUCGGAAAACCUUCUUUCUGCAACUGAUUAUUUUAUCCCUGAACCCCUGGAGAGUCCUACUGCACUUCCUUCGGUAUGGAAGACUGGUCGUAGGACAGCAAAUUUCCGUGUUCCACGCCCAUUUUUGUCGUCGACAUUGAGUGGGGACAGUAAGCAACAUGCUCAAUCCGGUGAUGAGAACAGAGAAGUUAAAUGUGGAUCAGAUCAGGGAAGCAUCAGUCAGAAGGCAAAUAUGAUGGGAAAGAGCUUAUCCCAGUAUCCGGUGGAUAGGAAAUUCUCGAGAAAUUCACCUAAGAAAAAUAGUCCAUCCUCCAGUCAGAAGAUAAGAACACUUUCAUCAAUUGCAUUCGAAGAGAAGCAGCAGAGUGAUCCGAGAAGUGGUGGGCUCAUCAAAAGCGAAAACGCACCCACGACCAUAGCUUGCAUACCUGUUAACUUGGUAUUUAGUAGGUUACAUGAGGAGUUGGUUGGUCGCCAUCACUAAUAAAAUGCGGGGGUGUGUGGAUUAUAUAGAUAUGGAUUGGUAGUAGGUGCAUGUAAAUUUUAGGAGAGCAAUAAUUUAAUUAACCUCACUGUCUUCUACCUGAAGCCCCAUUUGAUUCUUGAGUUUUUGGCAGAAAAAGGAAGGCCUGGUCUUGUUGUGUAGUUUGAGAUGACAAAUGUAAAUUGGUGCAGCAGAAAUGAAGGCGCGAACAAUUAUUGAGGAAGAGUGAGCUUUGUAUGGCAUCAUAAGAAGGUGCUUUGAUUUGCAGGAGAUAGGAACACAUAUUGUAGAUUUUAUACUCAUGGAAUGUACAUCAGUUACUAAUUUU